AUGAAUUCAAUAAAGAUAUUGGUCAACUCGUUUGAUAAAAUACUACCUGGUAAUUCAAUACCAUCUUCCGAUGAACCAAAGGAUUUGAGCAAGAAUGAAACACAGUUGAGUGAAUCUGAAGCAAUCACCGAAACCGAUGGAUAUUUUGAACAACUACCUACAAACGAGAAAACCGACGGAUAUUUUGAACAACUACCUACAAAUGAGAAAACCGACGGAUACUUUAAAGAACUACCUACAAGCGAGGAACCGCGUAGUGAUGGUAAGGGCGACGACAACAACAACAAUAGUGUAAAAAAAACUAAUAGCAUUUCUCUUGAAGAAAAAGCAGAUGGAGAAACAAGGGUAGAAAGUGAUGAUGGCGAAGGUGAUGACGAUGUCGAUGAUGAUAAUGAGAUGAACUUAACCACUCCUGUAUCUCAACAAGUUGUUAGUUUAUCACCAGCUAUUGCAUUUUUAUACACACUAUGGAGAGUGAUAUAUUUCUUUCCAAACUACCUAAUUAUCAAGCCUGGUAGUUUCGUAAUCAAAAUCUUGAUUUACCCAUUCGUGAUGAUUAAGGUAUCCCUAGGAUUUGGAAAGAAACCCGUUGUUGAGUUAACCCCCUUUGAUGAGAAGGAGAAUACAUUUGAAUCUAAUGAUAGAGAAGACGAAUCUUUGGUGACAAGGACAAGUUCUCCAAACACAACAAAGUCACAGCAGCCGCAACUGCAACGGAAGCAGCGGCAGAAGCAGCGACUGCAGCAGCAGUCACAAGAACUACAAGACCAAGAAGAAUAUAACGAUGACGAAAAACUAGAGCAACUCAAACGAGAUAGUAUCAUUGCGAACGAAGUGAAAUCGCCUACGUUUUUUUCAAAAUAUAUAAUCCCUCCUCCAGUCCGAUUGUACCCUUUAUCGCGGAAUCCACAAAAGAAAAGAAGAAAGAAAAUACUAAUAUUAGACUUGGAUGAAACUUUGAUCCAUUCACUAUCUAGAGGCUCGCCAAGAUCCUUCCACCCUGCGUCCCACUCCAAGAUGAUUGAAAUUAGGAUAAAUAACAUAUCCUCGUUAUACUACGUACAUAAGCGACCCUUUUGCGAUUAUUUCUUAACUGAAAUAAGCAAGUGGUUCGAACUACAAAUUUUCACAGCUAGUGUUAAAGAGUAUGCUGACCCGAUUAUAAACUGGUUAGAAGAGGAGAUCCUCAAUACAUUAAACAAGCAAACUUUGGAAGAACGCAAGAAUGCUUCUAAUUGUGGCGGUGGUGGUGGCGAAGAAUUUGAACGGCCCAAAAUCUUUACAAAACGAUAUUACAGAAAUAAUUGCAGUUACAGACCCGGAGUCGGAUAUAUUAAGGAUUUAUCGAAAUUCAUUCGUGAAGAUGAUUUGAAAAAUGUAAUGAUUUUGGACAAUUCACCAAUAAGUUAUGCUUUACACGAGGACAAUGCUAUUAGUAUAGAAGGAUGGAUAAACGAUCAAAAUGAUCGCGAUUUAUUGAACCUUUUGCCAUUAUUGCGCAGUUUGAGUUUGUGUAUUGAUGUUAGAUUUAUCUUGGGGUUGAAAAACGGUGAAAAGGUGUUUGAGUCGUGA